AUGCGUCCAUCCUCCUACCUCAGCCUCCUCCUCCUCUCCCUCUCCUCGUCGCUAGCCCUAACCCACGCUAUCCCCUUACCACUCGAACAACGCAACACCGUCCUUAACGAAUUCCUAACCGCUCUUUUGAACCACCUGCCAAACAUCAAUGUAGCCAUCAACGAUGCAACAAGUAUCAUCACCAACUUGGACAACCUCCUGGCCAAACUAAUCGGCGCAACUACCACCCAGAACCAAUUCAGGUCAGGAGGGCCAUGUGCAGAGUAUACUCUGAUCUGGGCGCGCGGAACCUCUGAGCCCGGUAAUAUGGGCGUAUUGGUUGGACCGCCGUUGGUGUGGGCGUUGCAGGAUGUCGUAGGAACGAGUGGGUUGACGAUUCAGGGGGUUAAUCAUUAUUCGGCUUCAGUGGCUGGGUAUCUAGAGGGCGGAGAUCCGAGUGGUAGCUCGAACAUGGCUUCGUUAAUCUCAGAGGCAUACUCCUCCUGCCCAAACACAAAACUCAUUGCUGCCGGAUACUCGCAGGGCUGCCAAGUGACGCACAACGCCAUAUCGCAAUUGGACGCUACGACCGCGGCAUGGAUUGAUAAGGUCUUGCUCUUCGGAGAUCCAGACAACGGCCAAGCAAUCCCCAACGUAGACUCGGCGAAUGUGUACACUGCCUGCCAUAACGGUGACAACAUCUGUGACAACGGAGAUUUGAUUCUUGUGCCGCAUCUGACUUAUGCUGAGAAUGUGGUUGCUGCUGCUGCUUUUGCUACUGCUUAA